AUGUAUUCUAUUGCAACUUUCGUCGGGCAAGCGUUUGAGCUUGUCGUGAAGCUUCCGAUCGAGACUGUGCUUAGGAGAGGCCAAAUGGAUGUUGCCCGAUCCACCAGCAGAGGGAAGGAAAUGCAAACGAUCGUUGAAGUCGGGCCCUAUCGUGGCUUGUUAGGAACCGUGCACUCGAUCGUCUACGAAGAAGGCGAAAGAGGCCCUCCGGCGGAGUCGGUGAAGGGUACAGCAGGUGCACCGGCCAUGAAGGUAGGAAAGGUUGGUCAAGAGAGGAAGAGGAGGAAAGGGCAAGGGUUCGAGGGGCUUUGGAGAGGAUGGAGGGUCGGAAUGUGGGGAUUAGUGGGUGUUUGGGGAGCAGCGACAUGGGGAGGCGUUGGCGGGAAGGGUGGAGAAUUCUGA